UUAACAGGGUUUAUAGAGAAGUGUCUUCGUCCUGGAGACGAGCUGAUUGGAUAUAGUGCAUGGCAGAGUCCUCAUCUUCCUACUUUUAGUCUUAAAUGUAAGAGCAUAAUAUAAAGAACUAAUAGGACUAUAUAGCACUUGUAAAGGUACCAGAUUCAAUAUUAAUGCCCCUAUAAAAUGCCAACCCUACUGGCACCUUACAACCAAAGCCUCUUUUUGUCUAAAUUCUUAACUGAGGAAAAGAAAUGGAGGAUGCAUUGAUCAAGCCUUUAAAGUUGCUGCAGCCCAUUCUGGACUAGUCAGUCUUGUUUUAGCUCUUGUCAAACUGGUUUUUCAAGUGCAAGCAUCAGUUUAUUGAUAUACGCAUGGUUAUAUAACUGAGCCCAGUUGUAGCAAGAAUACAACUAUUGGACCGGUAGGGUACAAAAUUGCUAAAUUGCUUUACUGGAUUCAUGCGGAGUCUUUCUCAAGUACACAAAAACUGAGAAAGCGAAAGAAAGCUCUGCUGGCAGUCUGUCCUUCCAGAUAAAGCACAAAUCUCCUGGUCUUCAGUUCUUUUCAUUAGAAAAAGGGCUGAAAGGUCAUUCAGAGAUGCAAUAGAAACAAAGGUCAUUGAGACACAAUAGAAACUAAUGAAAAAAGCUUAGUUUUAAGCUUAAUGAAUUUUUCAGAUGACAAGCCGACCUUCAACAUGCUUGGAAACGUAUAAAAAGAUAAAACUAUGCACUGUGGUGAAACCUGAAUUAACUUAAUUUACAUGGAUUUGUAGACUUUCCGUGCAUUACUCGUAUCUUACCAAAGACUUGUCCCGCACUAAGCUGAGGUCAGAUUUUUCUUUCAUUUUCCUUCAGUGGUAAAUAGAUUUCUAGCAGGCAAAGUGAAUCGAAAAGUCUUUCAUCUAAGUAUGUGUAUACCUUGGGAUACCAAUUUGAACAAAAUUUGUUCAAAUUGGUAUAAUGUUGCAUCACCUGCUUGUGCAUUCACAAGAUUACUGUGACAUCAGAUGAAUUUUAAACUCGACACCAGGGUGCCUUUGCAGCAAUGUACCAUAAAGGCAUCCUGAGAACUUGAACAGAUUUUGGAAAAACCUUGCAAUACAUUUUAUAACGUGCUGUUGACCACCCCACCAAGAAUACGUCACUUUUGUUCGCCUGCAUCCUAAUGAAGUGUUGUUUAUUAUCCUUAUAGCUCCUUUUCAGCCACCUACAGAAGAGUGGCAGAAAAUUUUGAGUGAUAUCAGGAAGGGAAUUGAAAAGGUUGAUAACGACUUUAGCACAACGUGCCAGGGGAAAAAGGUUUGUCAUUUUGAUUGCAAGUUUAAUUUAACAUCUUAUUGAGCAAGUGCGCAAUACUGCUAACAUUUCUCUUAUAUCAAUUGAUGCAUUAUUAGACAGUUGCUGCCAUUCACAUGAAAGUGAAACUUAGUAUCCCGGACAGAACAAAUAAAGGGUUAACUUUCUCCAUUAUAUCAACCUCAGCAGAACUGGACUUCAGGGCUUUGAUUGCCUCCAUAAAAUGUGUUGAGUAGGACUAAUUCCUCCAAGGUCAAAUUGGUUUCCAUUACUUUCUUAAGAAUAAAGUGACGGUUUCAUUCCUUUUUGUUUCUAUCCCAUUGGGUGAUUCCAGAAAAUAUCCAUACUAUACCACGGACGGCUUUUAGGAUUUCCGAAGGGGAGGGGGGGUUCACGAUUAUGGAAUUCUGAGGGCAUGGGGGGUAUUUACGAUUGGAAAUCCGAAGGCAUGGGGGAAUCCCACAGGCGGGAUUUCUGGAGUAGAAAGUGUAGAGUGAGUUCCUUGAAAACGCUAUUGUUGUGGACUUUUAUAGUUUGUAAAUAAACCACGAACGUUUGACCGCGGAAGCAGAAGACAAGCAUCGAUAGAUCAGACACAUGUUUAUGCUCAUAACUUAUAGAGUAGGCUUGAUUUCCGCCGUCUCCCGGGUCCGGUCUUUGAUCCUCCCUGAAGAGAGACGGCUGGACGCGUGACCCGUUGACCUUGUCUGUGACGUAAUUGGAAAAUUGAUAAUUCAGGCGUCUUCGAUGUCACUGGAAGUGAAACCGGUCUCCAAUAUUCUUAUUUAUUUGGCUCAAAAUUGCAUCAAGCGCUCCCUUACCCACCCAAAUGACUUUCGAAAUAGCUUUUACGGUACACUUUUCCAUACAUUGUGAAAAAUAUUCUCCGUUACAUUUCUGUACACGGUGACACGUAGUUAAUUUUCUUUGAUCUUCGAAUAUUGGUUGCGUCUUCUGUGGGUCCGAACUGACUGAUUCUCGGGAGCGGACCAAAUUAAAUGGAAAAGUUUCUGAUUUACCGGACAGAAUUUCCAGCGUAUUGAAUGUUCCUUUGUCAAAUAUAAACGUGGACGGUUACAUCUGUAACGAACGCAGUUAUCGAGACUUAAAGCGCCUUGAAAAGAUCCUUGAAGAUGCAAAAUCUCUCCAACAACAAUCAUUAAAGGAAAAGUUCACAACAAACAAUCGAACAAAACGUUGUGUUCCUUCCUACUCUAGAAUUUCGUCUAGGGUCUCCAAGCUGUCGAAAUCGCUUCGCCAUGCGAUGGAUAAAUUUUGUUGUGAUAAUUCUGCGACAAUCUUUGCCAGACGAAAAUCUGCAGGCGGUAACAUGAUUGGCUUAAACUAACAAAAGAAAUCGCACGCGUCCAGCCGCUCUUUCGGGGGAUGAGUGCGGGCUCAUUUUCCCAAACAGCAGCUGGUAAUCGAGCCUACUUAUAGAGGUGAACAGUAAAAUGUGGGUUUCACAUUUACCUUGAUUAAUUUCUUGUCACAUGAAUAAAAGCUGAAAAUGUAUCUUACUGCUUGCAAAUUGCAGUUUUACUCCCUAAAAAACUCUCACCAGUUCCUCGCUUCCAAGGAACGCAGGUCAGAUUAGAACACUUUUCAUGGACACUACAUGACGUAUAAAAGGACGUAACAAGACUCAACGGUAUAUUUGACCGCCGGAAGAUUUCAACAGUCUGAAUUUGAGCUAUUUUGCUUUGUAAACGUCAAAACAGCACAAGAAAACAAAGAGGAGUAAAAUUACCGUGAGUGGUGUUUAUUUUAAUAGCCAAAUUUGGACUUAAAAAGGAGUUUGCACAGCCUGGCCACUAGCGGUAGGUUUUUCUUGUCGCUGAAGAGUAAAGCUUGUUGCCUGGCGCCGCUAGAUCACAGCCGUGAGGAGGCAUAAAUUCAUGUUCGUUUGUUCAUAUAGGUGUUGCUAAGUCGAAAAUGUACUUCCAAAAAAAACUGGAAAUUCUGAAGGGGAGUGGGGGUUCACGAUUAUGAAAUUCUGAGGGCAUGGGGGGGGCUAACGCAUUUUGGAAUUUCCGAAGGCAAGGGGGGGUUAAAAUAUGGAAGCCGUCCGUGGUUGGGUAUGGAUAUUUUCUGGAAUUGCCCAUUUUAGUUAAAUACCAUUUUCUUAAUUACUUAAAAACAAAAUUUAUAUUUAAUAUAAAUUUAAUAGCUAAACAAUUCUAGCAAGAAAAACAAACAAAAAAACCUGAUUUUCAUGAUCUCUCUGAAAGAAAUGCUUUGUGAAAGACACCUUCCCUUACUGUCAGUUGAGAUGCAGACACUUCUAUUCUUCCCUCCUUUUAAUACAUUAAUUAUUAAUUUUUCAUGGAUGUUAACAUUUUUCAUGUGUGGAAUUGAAUGAAGAUUAAAAUAUAAAUCACGGAGUUAUUUGGUGUGCAACCCUUCUUUUUUUCAUUCAAAUGUAGCAAAACAUCAAUCCUCAAUAUUUAUAUUGUUCUGUCCUGGGACGUACUAGAGAUAAUUUUUACCUGCCAAGUGUCAUGCCUGCGGAUCAAAAACUUCAAUCUCACACCUACUCACGCCUGGUAGAAAAGUUCAAAAAAUGUUAUUCAGAGCAGGGCUGUCAAAAAUUUUGAAGUAGCAGGCUGAUAAUAAACAGUAGGUGGCUUUGGAACUUGCACCAAAGGCACAAGUUCUUGAGGGCUGAGGCGUUUAGGGAUGUUUUGAAAUUUAUAGAGUCACAGAAAUGGCAUUUCCAGGAGUUUUUGAGAGGCAUUUUCCACUGCUGAUGCCAUGUUGUUUUGUCAGAAUACACACAUCACAGUGGGAACAUUGCUGUUGAAAUGUCCCAGGCGUUCCAUGACAUUACACAGUUCGAAGAAUCGAACCUGUUUAAAUAUGCGCUCAAUGUCAUUCAAAACUGGGAAACAGAUGCUUUACAAUAAUAUUUGAUGGUGCUUAAUUUUUGUUGGCAGUUAUGGUAGGAGGAGAUGAAAGUAGUCGGCUAAGGAUGGCUAACUAGCCAGCGGUUUUGGCCGACUACCAGCCCUUAUUGACAGCCCUGUGAGAGGUCUCCAGCAGGGUUGUCAUUAAGAGCCAGGCACCGGGGAUAGUCCCCGGCUACUUUUAUUGGAAAAUAGAAGAAAAAUAGAACCAAGAGAAAUCCCUAGCCGUUUGAUUCCCUGCCUACUUGUUGUAUUUACCCGGCAACUUGAAAUCUUAGUGACAACCCUGCUCCACAUAACUCACUUAUUUGUUGAAGAAGGCCAAAAUAAAACCCCAACAAAUUAAUGACUUGGUAUUGCUUUGUUACAGAUUAAAAACAAAUUCAUUGAUGAAUCUAUGAACCCUGGAGAAGGAAUUUGUGCUGCUGCUAAAAAGGAAAAUGUUGAUAUGGUAGUCAUGGGAACAAGGGGAUUAAGUCCCUUACGUCGCACUGUCUUGGGAAGUGUCAGUGAUUACGUUUUGCAUCAUGCAAACCUCCCUGUAGCUGUGGUACCAAUGCCAGAAGAGCAACCUGCAGAAUGA